CUUUUAGGUCACUUUCUUUGUUUUUCAAAAUAAACCGUGGUUUUAAUUAUUUUUAAUUAUAAAAAUUAUUUACCUCUACAAAUCAUUAUUUGGAUCGAUGUAUACUGUAUAGUAUUGAAGAUAUUUGCUGAAUGACUGACUGCAGUUGUAUCAGAGACUCUACAAUUCUGACGGAGACAGUGUCAGCCACAUGCAAUGCAAAUGGAAGCUGGAGCAUCCAACCACCUAUCUGCUAUAGUCGUUGUAAGAUACCACCACCAAUUGGCGGGUCCCUGGAAGACAUGUUCGUGGUGGGCUCCUACGUGGACCACGGGUUCAACUUGACUUUGAAAUGCGACCAGGGAAUGGUGAUGGAGGGAGAAGGUAUUUUAUGCUACAAUGGUACUUGGAUGAGUACGGUGGGAUGCGUCAAAAGUACCAAUUCCUGUGAUGAAGUGAGGCCACCUGAAUUGAAAGAUGGCUACUUCAAGUACCACGGCACGCAACACGGAGAGACGGCCAAGUACUUCUGCUACUCUGGCUACCGACUGGAAGGACCCGAUACGGUGACCUGCUAUGAUGGAGUUUGGCUCGGAGACAUGGAAAACACUACGUGUGUUCUAAAGCUGUGUGAGUACCCUGGAACGCUGGAGAAUGGUGACAUCUUGCUGAUUGGCAUCAAAGGGCAGUUCACAUACAGGAAUUAUGUCAAAAAAGUUAAACAGUACGAUCAGAUUGAGUACCGCUGCAGAAAAGAUUUCACGUUGGAAGGGCCGGAAGGAUCCACGUGUGUUGAUGGCGUCUGGAGUCCCAAGACCAUACCAACGUGCCAACCAAGAAGACAUCUGCAGCCGGCUUUUGAGAGAUACAGGGGUAUUGUCCCUGAACAGCUUACAAAUGAAACUGAUAUAUUUUACGCUGACGCAACAGAAGUAAACAGCGAAAAGAACAUCGCCGUAAGUUUGUGUGAUCACACCCAACAAUUCAAUAAAUCAAAGAGAUUGACUACUCGUGUGAAACCCCUCAAAGUCGGCUGCAUUUUGUUGAAAACUUUGAAAAAAUUAUUAGCUAGAACAAAAUCACCCAUCCAUUCAAAUGGUGGGGAAGUUACAAAUGGGUUCAAGGACACCAACCAAACAUCACCGAUCAGCAUUGUCGACAACAUUAACGAGCACCAACAUAGAGACGUUGAUGACAAAAUCGUCAGCAACAGUAACAGUGGCGACUACAACAAACAACACAUCGUCUACACGAUGAAACAACUGUCAGACUCAAGAGACAACACUUCCAAUCCUACUUCAAAAUGCAUUGCCAAGUGCCAACUCAACGGACAUUCGUAUGCCGUCGUCGAACUCACGUUCAAUGAGAGCCUGUGCCACUGCAUAAAUGAACUGCAUGACGUAAUGAUGACGUCAGGUUGUGCCGCUGGAGGCAAACGUGGCGAGGGCGGUGAGAGCGGUCAUAACGAUGGCCGCGAUCAGAGGAUUGUCAUUCUCAACGUUUAUUCCGCUUGCUCUCAGAAUAGAUGGGGAGACAAGUGCGAGCGGAAGUGCUACUGCCUCCUCUCUCCAUCAUCAUCCUCUCCAUCAUUGUCAAAUGCUGACAAGAACGGUUUUGUUGAUGAAGAUGAAGACAUAGAGACGUGUCGAGUGCUGCAAGCUGGAGUUGCUUUCAACAAGACAAUGCCGAACAUUUAUUUUAUACAGCACACAAGGUUUAAAAAAGUUCUCGUCGUACUUGCAUCUGUCAGCUUGCUCAUCCUCGUCUUCAACAUCACAGUCUACGUGCAAUCUCGCUACGUUUUUCUGAGAAAACAGGAAGACAGAGAGGAUUACAACCGAGAGAUGGGCAUCAUCUUAUCAGAUAUCUCAAAAAAUUACAAGCAGCAAGUCCUGAAGUGGUCAGCAGUUAACCCAACACCACCAAACACCGCCACUAAAGAAACUUCAGCCCCCUGA